AUGCACCGGACUUGUGGCUCAACUCUGUCCUUCCUUGCCUUGUGCACUCUACCACACUCCACCGCACUCCGCCGCUCUUCACCACACGUCCUUGAACCCUCUUUACAGGUGAUGGUGGAUGGGGAGAUAGUCCAAGCCGGGCAGCACAAGGAUCUGCAGCACGCUGACACAGACUUCUCCCUCCUAGUGGACGCCUUUUUCCUCCCAUCCCACUCCCUUCCAUGCCAGGUGAUGCGCGAUGGGGAGAUAGUCCAAGCAGGGCAGUACGAGGAGCUACAGCGGGCCGGCACCGACUUCUCCCUGCUGCUCGACGCACACAACGACGCCAUGGGAUCCAUGGACCUGCCCCCUCCCAACCCCUUCCAACCGUCCCACACCUCCCACCACCACCCUCAACCGCAACGUGCCCCUUCCCUCGGGAACAUCCUAGCUGCUAAUGGAGACGUGUUCUCCCGGUUUGACAUGGACGAUCAAGAGCUGGCGACGCUGCUGCUGGGCCCCCAGGCCGGGCCUGACGGGCUCGGGCUAGCCUCGGGCGGAGGCUCGGGAGGGAUGGGAGGCCCGGGGAUGGGUGGGGGAGAUGGUUUGGGUGUGGGGGGUGGUGGGCCAAGCGGGGUUGCUGCGGAUGGGUCAUUGAUUGGGGUGGUGGGGGGAGCGGGGGGAGUGGUGGUGGGUCCGAUGGCAGCGGUGGCAGCGGCGGUGGCGAGUGGGGCGGAGGACCGGCAGUUUGGGCGGGUGAAUGCGGAUGUGUACAGGGCGUAUCUCACGCGGGCAUAUGGCGGAUCCAUGGUGCCCAUCAUUGUGGCCUCGCAGCAUCCCGAGGGUUUGUGUGAGAGGAUGCAAAAACUUUCAUAUCCUUCCGUUGCCCCUGCUCUCGCCACCAUUUUCCACCCUCCUUCCCCCCACCACCCUCAGGUGCUUUUCCAGGUGCUUCAGAUAGGCGCCAACUGGUGGCUAGCUCGGGAAGUCCAACCCCUCCAUCCAGCCGUGCUCACGUGGCCGGACGUCCGAGCCUACGCCUCCCUCGCCAUCGGCAGCGGCCUCUUCGUCGUCCUCCGCGCCUUCCUCUCGGUCCAUGUGGGGCUGAGGACAGCAGAUGGGUUCUUUCAGGACAUGCUGCAUGCUGUCUUCCGCGCCCCCAUGGCCUUCUUUGAUUCCACACCCACCGGGCGAACACUUGCCAGGGCAUCAGCGGACCAGAACGCCCUUGACUUGCAGCUCUUCUUCAACUUUGGCUCCGUGCUCAACAACCUCGUACAGCUUCUGGGAAUCUUUCUCGUCACUGCUGCCGUGACCUGGCCGGUCAUCGUCGUCCUCAUCCCCCUCGCGCUGCUCUACGUGCCGCUGCAGCGCUACUACCUCUCCUCGUCGCGGGAGCUCACUCGAAUCGACGGCCUAACCAAGUCGCCCAUCCUCGCACAUUUCUCCGAGACCCUCGCCGGCGCGGCAGUGAUCCGUGCGUUCGCCCAGGAGGAGCGGUUUGAGAUAGAGAACGCGGAUGCGGUGGACAACAACAUGCGAGCAUACUUCCACUACUAUGGCGCCAUCUACUGGCUGGGUCUCCGACUUGAAACCAUCUCGGCUGUGGUCCUUGCCUUCGUUGCGUUCCUCCUGGUGCUCGUCCCUCAAGGCACCAUUGAACCAGGCCAAGCAGGCGUAUCCUUGGCCUACGGACUAACCCUCAACAUGGCGCUGGUAAUGACCAUGUGGCAUCUCUCCAACCUUGAGAACAAGCUAGUCGCAGUGGAUCGCAUCCGCCAUUUCUCCGCCAUCCCCUCUGAGGCGCCCCUGAUCGUCGAGGGCAACCGCCCCUCUGCCGACUGGCCCAACCGCGGAUCUAUCAGCUUUGAAAACCUUCAGAUGCGGUAUCGAGAAGCCAUGCCCCUGGUGCUAAAAGGCGUGACAGUGACGUUCAGAGGCGGGGAGAAGGUGGGAGUGGUCGGCCGCACUGGCAGCGGCAAAUCCACCCUCGUCGUAGCUCUCUUCCGAUUGGUCGAGCCGGUGGGCGGUCGAGUCAUGAUCGACGGCGUGGACAUCUCGACCAUUGGAUUGCAAGAUCUACGGUCCAGAUUGGCCAUCAUUCCGCAGGACCCGACCCUGUUCGAAGGCACGGUUCGGUCGAACCUGGACCCGCUGGGUCGGUACCAUUCCAGUUUGCUCUGGGAGGUGCUGGAGAAGUGCCAGCUGGCGGAGGCAGUAAUGGACAAGGAGGACAAGCUGGACGCCAUUGUGGUGGAGGGAGGAGAGAACUGGAGCGUGGGGCAGAGGCAGCUAUUCUGCCUCGCCAGGGCUCUGCUCAAGCGCUCUCGAAUCCUGGUGCUGGAUGAAGCAACGGCGUCCGUUGAUUCGGCCACUGACGCCAUCAUCCAACGGACCAUAAAGGAGAACUUUGCCCGGGCGACUGUGAUCACUGUAGCGCAUCGCAUCCCCUCUGUAAUCGACUCCGAUAAAGUGCUCGUGCUGGAGGCAGGUAGAGUGGAGGAAUUUGACUCUCCUGUGCGGCUGCUGGCCAAUAAGAGAUCGCUCUUCUCACAGCUAGCAGGCGAUAACAUGCAAAUGGGAGUGCGAUACGACAGUGCAGGUGCUUUGUGUGGCAAUGUGAAGGACCCUGUGUGUGGCAAUGUGAAGGACCCUGUGUGUGGCAAUGUGAAGGACCCUGUGUGUGGCAAUGUGAAGGACCCUGUGUGUGGCGAUGUGGGGGACCCUGAGUCACUGGGGAACCCUGUAUGUGUUGAUGUGGUGACUUUUGAGUCGACUCAAGAGUCACUGCGGGACCGUGUGUGUGCUGAUGUGGGGGACCCUGUAUGUGUCGAGUCAAUGGGCGAUAUGGCAAGCAACCUUCCAGAUGGUGGGGAUGGCACCUCUCUCUUGAAAUUCCUCCAAAACCUCGUGCUAGAAGCGGUGGGUAGCAGCAGCGACACGGAGGGUGGGAGAGGGUCACGUGUACCGGCUCCCACCGCACUGGACCCCAUGGAAUCGCGCAAGAGAACGUGGCACGCUGAACUAUCCCAGAGGCACCCCGAGGGGGCUGUCAUUUUGGGAGUCGACCCAGACGUGCUGGGUGCAGUUGCUGUGCUGGUAGUGAAACCAAGGAGAGAAGGAAGGAGAGAACGAGGGGUGGAGGACGAGGGUGUAAAGGUAGUCGAGGGGAGGGGUGCACUGGAGGAGGCAGGGGAGGUUGCUGAGAGGGCGCUGCAUGCUCAGUCUCGUUCUGAGGCAAUUCAAAAUGGAAUGAUGGGGGAAUGGGAGGAGAGGCCUGCUGCUGCUGCUGCUGCUGCUGCUGCCGCUGGUGAAGCUGCGAGAGAGGCGGAAGGAGGAGGAAGUGGAAUAGGAGCAGUGAAAGUGGAGGGGGGAAGAGAGGAGUGUGAGAGAAUUUGGGAGCUUGGGGAGGAGAUGGAGGGAUGGACAAGAAUCUUGCUAGGACGAGAUGGGGCGGAUGGGUCGGAGGAAGAGAGAGCAACACUCUAUGGACAGAUUCAUGAUGUGCCGUUUGAGCUUGUAUCAGUGGGUGCUUCAAAUCGCAAGAGGCACUGUGCCCAGGCCAUAGCGGCACUCCUGCACCAGCUGCCACCUGCACCAGGUGAGUUCAUUCUGUUUCAGCCUGGUCUGGUUACCAUGAAAACUGCCCCAAGGGACUCCUCUAGAGGUACAAGAGGCACUGCACCCAGGCCAUAG